AGUGAGCAUCCAUGUGCUGCGUCCUCUCUGCGCCUUCACUCCUGUGCUGUUGGAUUUCAGCUCCACUUCUAAACUGAAGGAUUAUUUAUUCUUUUUGAGUCAGCAUCUGGAUUACAGCAACGUGCGGAUCUAUGCCCACCCCAGACGACUUUUGUGUAGCGUGAACAGGAGGAAUGUAUCGUUUCUUUGUGAAACUAGCAUUUCUGAUUCCUGCCAUCGUCACCACGCAAGGUCUGAAAUGUUCUCUGCCCACUGAAUCAUGCCUUAACGGAGGAAGAUGUGAAGCCACCUCAAACGGAAACGGAGAGUGCAGGUGCCCCACUGACUAUGUCGGCAACAGGUGUCAGUUUCCCAGUCCAUGCAGCCCAUCGCCUUGCCGCAACGGCGGCGAGUGUCGUGCCGUUUCUCAUGGUAACACCUUCGACUUUCGUUGCGUGUGCCCUCUGGGAUUCAGCGACCGGCUAUGUCUAACACCGACCAACCACGCCUGCAUGAGCUCGCCUUGUCGCAACGGAGGAACCUGUGAUCUCAUCAGUCUUACUGUGUACCGCUGUCGAUGCCCGCCUGGAUGGUCAGGAAAAUCAUGUCAGAUUCCCAACCCAUGUGCAUCCAAUCCUUGCGCAAACGGGGGCCAGUGCUCUGCGUUUGAUUCCAACUACGUCUGCACGUGCCCACCUGCUUUCCACGGCCCAACUUGUAAGCAGGACGUCAACGAAUGUGCCCAAACGCCCACGCCGUGCUUAAACGGCGGCGUGUGUGUCAACGAAGUUGGGUCGUACCACUGCCGCUGCCCUCAAGAGUUUACCGGCCAGCACUGUGAGACUCCCUACAUGCCAUGCAGCCCAUCACCAUGCCAGAAUGGCGGGACAUGUGUUCAAAAGGGAGAAACUACCUACGACUGCAGCUGCUUGCCAGGUUUUACAGGCUACCACUGUGAGCACAACAUUGACGACUGUCCGGGCCACAGCUGCCAGAACGGUGGCGUGUGUGUGGACGGGGUGAACACGUACAACUGCCAGUGCCCCCCGCAUUACACAGGCCAGUACUGCACAGAAAAUGUGGACGAGUGUGAGUUGAUGCCAAACGCGUGUCAGAAUGGUGGAACUUGCCACGACACUCACGGCGGCUUCCACUGCGUCUGUGUUAAUGGGUGGACGGGCAGCGACUGCAGCGAGAACAUCGAUGACUGUGCAAGUGCUGCAUGUUAUCAUGGCGCCACUUGUCACGACCGCGUUGCAUCCUUCUUCUGCGAGUGUCCGCAUGGACGUACAGGCUUGCUGUGCCACCUCGAUGAUGCUUGCAUUAGCAAUCCGUGUCAAAAAGGCUCCAACUGUGACACAAAUCCAGUAAACGGCAAGGCGAUCUGCACGUGUCCGCCGGGUUACACCGGGUCAGCAUGCAACUUAGACAUCGAUGAGUGUUCGCUUGGUGCUAAUCCUUGUGAGCACGGAGGUCGCUGCCUGAACACCAAAGGGUCCUUCCAGUGUAGGUGCCUUCAAGGAUAUGAAGGACCGCGUUGCGAGAUGGAUGUCAACGAAUGCAUGUCUAAUCCAUGCCACAAUGAUGCAACCUGUCUGGACCAAAUCGGAGGUUUUCAUUGCAUCUGCAUGCCAGGAUACGAGGGUGUCUUUUGCCACAUCAACACAGAUGAGUGUGCGAGUCAACCGUGCCUCAACAACGGCAGAUGUGUUGACAAGAUCAACUCCUUCCACUGCGAGUGCCCCAAAGGGUUUUCCGGGAGUCUCUGCCAGGUGGACAUUGAUGAGUGUGCUAGCACCCCUUGCAAGAACGGAGCCAAGUGUACGGAUGGACCCAACAAGUACACUUGUGAAUGUACCACAGGCUACACAGGACAGCACUGUGAGAUCGACAUCAAUGAAUGCUACUCUGACCCCUGUCACUAUGGCACCUGUAAGGACGGACUAGCCUCAUUCACAUGCUACUGCCGCCCAGGCUACACAGGCCGUCUGUGUGAGACCAAUAUCAACGAGUGUCUGAGCCAGCCCUGCAAGAACGGUGGGACUUGCCAGGACAGAGAGAACAGUUACAUCUGUUCCUGCCCAAAAGGCACUGCUGGUUUCAAUUGCGAGGUCAACCUGGAUGACUGUAAGAGCAAACCCUGUGAUUACGGACGGUGCAUCGACAAAAUCAAUGGCUACGAGUGUGCAUGUGAGCCUGGCUACACAGGAUCAAUGUGCAACAUCAACAUUGAUGAAUGCGCCAUCAACCCCUGUCACAAUGGCGGCACCUGCAUCGACGGCAUCAACAGCUUCACCUGCCUCUGUCCUGAAGGCUACAACGAUGCUACGUGCCUCUCUCAGGUGGAUGAGUGCAGCAGCAACCCCUGUAUUCAUGGCCGAUGUCAGGAUCUGGUCAAUGGCUAUAAAUGCACCUGCGACUCUGGCUGGAGCGGACCCAACUGUGACAUCAACAACAAUGAGUGUGAGUCUAACCCGUGCAUGAACGGAGGAACCUGCAAGGACAUGACCAGCGGAUACCACUGCACCUGCAGAGUGGGCUUCACUGGACCUAACUGCCAAACUAACAUCAACGAGUGUGCGUCCAACCCCUGCCUCAACCAGGGCACCUGCAUUGACGAUGUUGCUGGAUACAAGUGCAACUGCUUGCUGCCCCACACUGGCGAUAACUGUGAGAUCCUUCUGGCACCCUGCAACUCCAGGCCGUGCAAAAAUGGUGGAGUCUGCAGGGAGGCUGAGGACUACCAGAGCUUCUCCUGCAUUUGCCCUGAAGGAUGGCAAGGUCAAACAUGUGAGAUUGACAUCAACGAAUGUGUGAAAAGUCCUUGCCGAAAUGGUGCCACGUGCCACAACAGCAUGGGAAGCUACCAGUGUCUGUGCCAGCCUGGCUACAGUGGGCAGAAGUGUGAAUCAGACAUAGAUGACUGCAAACCAAAUCCCUGCAGUAACGGCGGUCUGUGCCGCGAUGGCAUCAACAGCUUUGCAUGCACUUGUCUGCCGGGAUUUCGCGGCGGCCGGUGUGAGCAGGACAUCAACGAGUGUGAGAGCAAUCCCUGCAGGAACGGAGCCAACUGCACCGAUUGUGUCAACAGCUACACUUGCACCUGCCCACCAGGCUUCAGCGGCAUCAACUGUGAGAUAAACACCAAUGACUGCACAGACAGCUCUUGCUUCAACGGCGGCACCUGCGUAGAUGGAAUCAAUGCCUUCACCUGCAUGUGUUUGCCUGGAUUCACCGGCAGUUACUGUCAGUAUGACAUCAAUGAGUGUGACUCCAGACCGUGUCUCAAUGGAGGCUCCUGUCAGGACAGCUUUGGGACGUACAAAUGUACAUGUCCCCAUGGCUACACCGGAGUCAACUGCCAGAAUCUUGUGCGCUGGUGUGAUUUAUCCCCUUGCAAAAACGGAGGCUCGUGUUGGCAGCAGGGAGCCUCCUACAACUGCCAGUGUCAGACUGGAUGGACUGGCCUCUACUGUGACAUCCCCAGUGUGUCCUGCGAGGUGGCAGCACAGCAACAAGGUGUGGAAGUGGCUCACUUGUGUAGGAACUCAGGACAGUGUCUCGAUGCUGGGAACACACAUUACUGCCGCUGCCAGGCGGGCUACACCGGCAGUUACUGUCAGGAGCAGGUGGACGAGUGUUCACCAAAUCCCUGCCAGAAUGGAGCCUCGUGCACAGAUUAUCUCGGGGGCUACAGUUGCGAGUGCCUUCCUGGCUACCACGGUGUCAAUUGCUCCAAGGAGAUCAAUGAAUGUCAGUCUCAGCCCUGCCAAAAUGGAGGGACCUGCAUUGAUUUGGUCAACACGUACAAGUGCUCGUGCCCCAGAGGAACUCAAGGGGUCCACUGUGAGAUCAAUCUGGACGAUUGCAACCCCUUUACUGACCCUGUCACCCACGAACCUAAAUGCUUCAACAACGGCAAAUGUGUGGACCGCAUCGGUGGCUACCAGUGCAUGUGUCCCGCGGGUUACGUCGGCGAGCGCUGUGAAGGAGACGUCAAUGAGUGUUUGUCAGACCCUUGUGACCCCAGGGGUUCUUACAACUGUAUUCAGCUCACCAACAGUUACCGCUGCGAAUGUCGCACCGGCUACACAGGUCAGCGUUGUGAUAAGGUGUUUGAUGGCUGCAAAGGAAGACCCUGCCGAAAUGGAGGAACAUGUGCUGUGGCUAGUAACACGCCUCAUGGUUUCAUCUGCAAGUGCCCACACGGCUUCACUGGUUCCUCUUGUGAGUAUGACUCUCGCUCUUGCGGCAGUCUGAGCUGCAAGAAUGGAGGAACAUGCGUGUCGGGUCACCUUGGCCCACGCUGUCUGUGCCCUCCCUCCUUCACUGGACCAGAGUGCCUCACCCCCACUGACAGCCUUUGCAUCUCCAACCCCUGUUACAACGGUGGAACCUGCCAGAUCACACCCGAAGCUCCAUUCUUUCAGUGCAGCUGCCCCAGCAAUUUCAAUGGCCUCCUGUGCCACAUCCUCGACUACUCCUUCAAUGGAGGGUUCGGCCGGGACAUCACCCCGCCCCCUGAGGUGGAGGUGAGCUGUGAGAACCCACAGUGCGAUGAAUGGGCCGGGAACCACAUCUGUGACUCACUGUGCAACAACCAUGCCUGCGGCUGGGAUGGCGGAGACUGCUCACUCAACUUUGAUGACCCAUGGCAAAACUGUUCAGCAGCACUUCAGUGUUGGCGAUAUUUCAACGACGGGAAGUGUGAUGGUCAAUGCAACAGCCCCGGGUGUCUCUAUGAUGGCUUUGACUGCCAGGGGCAAGAGGGACAAUGCAAUCCGCUGUACGAUCAGUACUGCAAAGACCACUACGCGGAUGGUCACUGCGACCAGGGCUGCAACAACGCGGAAUGCGAGUGGGAUGGGCUGGACUGCGCCAACAACAUGCCUGAAAAGCUAGCAGACGGGCAUCUGGUCCUGGUGGUCCACAUCCCGCCAGAACAACUUAAAAACCACUCCUCAGCUUUCCUAAGAGAUCUGAGCAGUGUCCUGCACACAAACGUUGUCUUCCGCCGCGACGCUAAAGGAGAGCCAAUGAUCUUCCCGUACUAUGGCAAUGAACAAGACCUGGCCAAGCACAACAUGCUAAGGCGUUCCGCAGACGGCUGGCCUGAGUGGGCCACGAUGCCCGCCAAUGUUUUAGGCCAAAUGAAGGAGAGCGUCACAGCCAUGGUCAGCCCAAGGAAACGUCGGGAGCUGGAUCCAAUGCAAGUGAAAGGCUCUGUUGUCUACCUCGAGAUCGACAACCGUCAGUGUUACCAGCAGUCCACUGAGUGUUUCCAGAGUGCAACUGAUGUGGCGGCGUUCCUCGGUGCGCUUGCUUCCAGUGGGAAUCUCAAUGUUCCUUACAUAGAGGCUGUCACCAGUGUCAGGCCAACUUCUCCUGGUUCUGAGCUGUACCCCAUGUACGUGGUCUUCCUUGGCCUGGCUGCUUUGGGUUUUGUCUGCCUUGGUGUGCUAGUGUCCCGAAAGCGCCGACGUGAACAUGGUCAGCUCUGGUUCCCAGAAGGAUUCAAAGUAUCAGAACCAAGCAAGAAGAAGCGCAGAGAGCCUGUAGGAGAAGAUUCUGUCGGUCUGAGGCCAAUGAAAAACAUGGACAUAAAUCUCAUGGAUGACAAUCAAAACGAAUGGGGUGAUGAGGAUCCUGACUGCAAGAGAUUUGGGUUUGAGGAGCAGUCCAUGCUGGAUCUGGGUGACCACACUGACCACAGGAAAUGGACACAACAGCAUUUGGAUGCGGCCGACCUGAGGAUUGCGUCCAUCGCUCCGACGCCUCCUCAGGGAGAGCACGAGAACGACUGCAUGGAUGUCAACGUCAGAGGACCAGACGGCUUCACCCCGCUGAUGAUAGCCUCGUGCAGUGGGGGUGGACUGGAAACUGGCAACGGCGAGGAAGAGGAGGAUCCCUCUGCAGAAAUUAUUUCAGACUUUAUUUACCAAGGAGCCAACCUCCACAACCAGACUGACCGCACUGGUGAGACCGCCCUCCACCUGGCGGCCCGCUACGCUCGCUCCGACGCUGCCAAACGCCUCCUCGAGUCAAGUGCUGAUGCCAACGUGCAGGACAACAUGGGUCGAACUCCUCUUCACGCCGCCGUGGCUGCAGACGCACAGGGAGUCUUCCAGAUCUUAAUCCGAAACCGCGCCACCGACCUUGAUGCUCGUAUGCAUGAUGGGACAACGCCCCUGAUUCUUGCCGCCAGACUGGCAGUGGAGGGAAUGGUCGACGAGCUUAUCAAUUGUCACGCUGAUGCCAACGCCGUCGACGAUUCAGGGAAAUCUGCUCUUCACUGGGCUGCAGCUGUUAACAAUGUGGAGGCUGCGGUGGUGCUGCUGAAGAAUGGAGCCAACAAAGACAUGCAGGACAACAAGGAAGAGACACCGUUGUUCCUGGCAGCGCGGGAGGGAAGCUUCGAGACCGCUAAGGUGCUGCUGGAACACUUUGCAAACCGGGAGAUCACAGACCACCUGGACCAGCUGCCCAGGGACAUUGCACAAGAACGCAUGCACCAUGACAUCGUCCGCCUGCUGGACGAGUUUAAUGUCGUGAGGAGUCCAGGUCUUCAUGCUGCUCCCCUCAACACCGCCACUCUCUCCCCGCCACUUUGCUCCCCUAAUGACUAUCUGAGCAACCUCAAGCCCACGAUCUCUGUGAAGAAGGUCCGCAAACCGAGCUCAGGGGGGAAAGGAGGCAAAGAUGGAGGCAAAGACAAUAGAGUCAAGAAAAAGAAGUCCCUUGAUGGGAAGAAUAAUAUGCUGGAUACAUCUGCAGCUCUGUCCCCUGUUGACUCACUUCAGUCGCCAAAUGGCUACUUGUCUGAUGUGGCCUCCCCUCAGAUGACGUCACCUUUCCAGCAGUCCCCACCCAUGUCUCUGAACCACCUCCAGGGGAAUGGAGACUCCCACAUGGGCCAGAUGGGCAUGGGAAAGGACAUGAGCUGCAUGUCUUUCGAUCUAAACCCGCCACGCCUCUCGCACCUUCCCGUGUCUAGUCCCAACAGUCAGGGAACAGCUGGGAGCAGAGUGGGCCAGUGUGACUGGGUCUCCAGGAUGCACCCAGGUGUUGCCCAGCAAGGAGGCUUUCCCAUGUCUCAUAACAUGAUGGGAGGCCUACACGGAGUCAGCACCGCCACUCUAUCUCAGAUUAUGGGCUACCAGAACAUGCAGACCAGCCACAUUGGGUCAUCCACGCACAUGAUGCAGCAGGCUCAUUCGCGGCAGCUCCAGCAUCAGAACUCCAGCACCACCACAGCCAUGAACCAGAGCUUCCCAAACAUCGAGCUCAACGGCUCCGACAUGCCGCAGAACAAUGGCUCGGGUCGGUCCAUGCCGGUCCACACUGUCAUGCCGCAGGAGACGCAGAUCCUCGGUACCCAGUUCCUAACCCCUCCCUCCCAGCACAGCUAUUCUGGACCCAUGGACAACACACCCAAUCACCAGCUGCAGGUUCCCGACCACCCGUUUCUCACCCCAUCCCCGGGCUCCCCUGACCAGUGGUCCAGCUCGUCGCCACAUUCCAACAUGUCAGAUUGGUCGGAAGGAAUCUCCAGCCCGCCUACAAGUAUCCACUCACAGAUGAACCUGAUCCCUGAACAGUUUAAGUAGAGACUUCUGAGCAGAAUUCUUCCGUCUCAAGACUGAAAUGGCGUCUUUUUAUUAUCUUAUUUUUUAUAUACUAAUGUCAUAAACAUUUUUAGUAUUUUGUAUUUAUUUAAGUGCUUUUUAAAAACUGAAAUAUAAAGAAGAUGUUUUUAUAUUUAUGCUUUUUUUUUAUUUUGCUUUCGUAUGACUGGUAGAAAGAGACGAAAGAUCUUUCUCCUGGAUUUGUACACUGGUUAUUUAUUUGAGUCGUAUGUUGCUUAUUCACUGGAUUAUUUGUUUUUGUCACACCCCUGCCAGUUUUUAUUUUUUUAAAGGGGAUUUAAUUGAACUAUUUUCUGUACAGUUUUGUUAGAUUAUUUUAAAUUUCCAGUAUUAAUAAUUAUAUUGUUAUUUGGCGUUAUUUCCUGAAGUCUUAUCACUGAAUAUCUUUUAAACGAUGAUCAAAUUAAUAUAACAAAUGCUUCAUCAUUUUGCUCGCUAUACAGAAACAGAAGUCACAUGAAUGUGUAACUUCCUGUUUGGGACCUUGAGAACAAAUAUAUGUUAUCGAUUGAAAAAUGAGAGGAAAUCCUUCGAGGUGACUCUGGGCCUAUCUUUAUUGACCGUGAUCUGGACUUUCACUGAGAAUGACAAGUGAUGUUGCUUCUUUUGCCAUGUUGCCACUGAACGCUGUUGUUAUGGUUACCGUGUCAAAGUUCGGCCUCGUCGUGGGAAGUGGAAAUGUUACAUUCAACUCAGUCAAGAGACUGUGCCAGUGUGAUUUUAGUGUGUUUUUCCUACGAGAAACAAUGUGUUUGUGAGAUCUCUUGUUCAAAUGUCUUCAAGAUUGGAGCGCAUUUUGGGAGAAAUAGGGACCUUCUGACACAGUCUGCACUUCGUGAAGGAGUGCGAGGUGUCUAAAUGUCAUGUUUUAUAAACUAAUCCAGAGAUGAAGAUGUUUUAAAAGAUGUAAUUCAAAAUUCAAUGGUCAUGCAAAGUUUGCAAAGUAUUGCCUGAUUUAAAUGUUUUUGUAAAAAAAUGGUCU